CAGACGAUCGAGAUCACACAAAAAUCCAACAUGGCAGCUUACAUGAAUGCCACUUUACAGCAGAUUCGGCUGGGAAAGUCAAGAAUCUUGGGUCAUCUGAGGCAAAGAGUUCCUGCAAGUUGCCAUGGCUACCAAGAACAUGUCCGUUGUUAUGCUGUUGCACCCUGGGAUCCCAGUGAACCUACAUUUGAUAAGAUCCUGAUAGCUAACCGUGGUGAGAUUGCGUGCCGUGUGAUGAGAACAUGUCGUGAUAUGGGAAUCAAGUCUGUCGCCAUCUAUAGUGAAGCUGAUGUCAAUGCACUUCAUGUAGAGAUGGCUGAUGAAGCUGUUUGUGUUGGCCCAGCGGCAUCCAAGGACAGUUAUCUCAAUAUGGAUAGGAUACUACAAGCCAUCAAAGAUACCGGUUCACAGGCUGUACACCCUGGAUAUGGCUUUCUUUCAGAGAAUAUGGAAUUUGCAAAAAGACUGGCUGAUGCAGAUGUAGCAUUUAUUGGACCAGGUAGCCGUGCGAUCCAGGCGAUGGGGGAUAAGAUAGAGAGUAAACUCCUUGCCAAGGACGCAAAGGUCAACACCAUCCCUGGUUACGAUGGGGUUGUAGAGACCCCAGCACAAGCAGUAGAGGUUGCUAAUGAUAUAGGUUACCCAGUCAUGUUAAAAGCAUCAGCAGGGGGAGGAGGGAAAGGAAUGAGGAUAGCAUGGAAUGAUGAUGAAACAAGGGAAGGAUUCCGACUCUCAUCCCAGGAAGCGGCCGCUAGUUUUGGAGAUGACAGGCUCCUCGUUGAGAAGUUCAUAGAUAAUCCUAGGCAUAUAGAAAUACAAGUAUUAGCUGAUUCCCAUGGUAAUGCAAUCUACCUGAAUGAAAGAGAAUGUUCUAUUCAAAGAAGAAAUCAAAAGGUCAUUGAAGAAGCCCCCAGUACUUUCUUAGAUGAGUCUACUAGACAAGCCAUGGGAAACCAAGCAGUAUUAUUAGCAAGAGCCGUAGAUUAUAAAUCAGCAGGUACGGUUGAAUUCUUAGUGGACUCUGAGCGGAACUUCUAUUUCCUAGAAAUGAACACAAGAUUGCAGGUUGAACAUCCGAUUACGGAAUGCAUCACUGGAGUAGACCUGGUACAGGAGAUGAUACGCGUUGCUAAGGGACACACCCUUAGAUACACACAGAGUGAUAUACCAAUCAACGGAUGGGCCAUUGAGAGCAGAGUCUAUGCUGAGGAUCCUUAUAAAUCUUUUGGUCUUCCGUCCAUUGGUCAUCUUCAUCGCUACUCUGAGCCCCUUCAUCUUGACAAGGUGCGAGUAGAUAGCGGUAUCAAAGAAGGCAGUGAGAUCAGCAUGUACUAUGAUCCUAUGAUUUCAAAGCUUGUUACCUAUGGUGCAACACGAGAAGAAGCCUUAGCAACCAUGGGCAAAGCCUUGGAUACGUACAUCAUCAGAGGUGUAACUCACAACAUCUCUCUCCUUCAGGAUGUUCUUGCUAAUCCUAGAUUUAUCUCGGGUGAUAUCAGCACAAAGUUCUUACAAGAGGAAUAUCCAGAUGGGUUCUCAGGAUGGAAGCUAGACCAAAGAGAAGAGACCAAUCUCAAAGCUGUCGCUGGAUGUUUGUAUAUACUCAGUGAACUCAAAGCUCAACAAUUCACCAACCAAACUAGAGUUCCACCAACACCAAUAUCCUGGGAUCAAUCUCAGUUGAGUAUCUUCAUUGAUGGUCAUAGACAGGAUAUAGUAGUGCAGAUGGGAGACAAUGGAGGCAAGGUGCUGAUAGAUGGCCAGUCCCUGGAUGUGGAUAUUUCAUGGUCCACUGCUCAAGAUGUCAUCACACCUACAGUCAAUGAUACAACACUCUGUUUACAGGUUAUUUCAUGUGAUACUGCAGGCAACAUUCAACUUCAGUACAAAGGCACAAUUUUUACACUCACAGUAAUGCAGCAAGAGGCAGCUAAUCUCCAGGCAUUAAUGCCUGAGAAGGUUAAGCCUGAUCUGAGUAAGGAAGUUGUCUCCCCUAUGCCUGGCAAGCUCCAUACGCUUGCUGUACAAGUUGGAGACGUUGUUGGUGAGGGCCAGGAGGUGUGUGUUGUAGAAGCCAUGAAGAUGCAUAACAGUCUAUUCUCAUCUAGAGAUGGAAAGGUCAAAGCCGUUCAUUUUGUUGAAGGUGACAGCAUAGCCGAAGAAGAUAUUAUACUGGAGCUUGAAUAAUCACAUCAAACAUUGAUAUUUAUUGACAUCACCACAAACCAAUAACUGCAAUGCUUUGUGAGAUAGUGCCUCAUGGGCUUUCAAACUGCAUUGUAUUACUGUGGUAUGCGAUAGUUUAAAAUUUGCGAGAGACUUUCCUUUACCAUCACCCUGAAUUUUGAUAUGAAAUACAUCCUGCAGGUUUCCAUGAGAGCAUAUCAAGAGGGGAACAUCACAUCAUGUAAUCAUUCAAGUUAUUAUGAGAUGCUGCAAACCAUUUUACAUACCUGCCAACCCUUCUGAAUAAUCCGG